CAAGUUCGCGUCAGUGCGCCGCUGGCAGCGGGCUGCGCCGUUCGUGUUUCCGCAGCCCGCAUUAAUGUUAUCGUGUGUUGUGCAAAUGAUUUUGUUUUUAUGGCGCUGAUAUUACUUCAAGUGUUGUUGCUGGGAGUGCUCGCGGCUGCUGUCGACGAUGUUCCGGUCACGUGGUCAGCCAGUCCUCACAGCACAUUGCUACAAUGUGAGGUAGUGGAUAAAGCUCGCACGGUGUCGCGUAGGCCCCCGCCCCCGCCGCUUGAUGAUGAGCGGCCCAAACCGAAGACCUAUCUGUGGAGGCGCGGUAAAGAAGAAUUCAGUGAAAGACGGGAACCGCUAAUUGUGUAUCAAGAGCGCGAGGGCGAUGGCCUGUACCAGUGCGGAGUGAAGUUCCACCAAGGAAUUGUCCUCGGUUAUCCUGUUAAUCUUAAAUUUCCAUUUAUAAAAGAUGACUUUUCAUCCCAGCCUCAAAAUGUGGAGGCAUAUUUGAGACAGCCUCUGGUCAUUCCAUGCAGGAUUGACUCGGGACCGCCUGCUACUAUAGCUUGGUUCAGGAACGGACAAAGCCUACAGCUUAAUUAUAGAUACCAUUUGCUUAAGGAUGAACUACUUAUAACUGACGUGAGAACUGAAGAUGCUGGAGUUUAUAGGUGUAUAGCAUCAAAUGCCAUUUUAAACCGGACAAUAACAAGUGCUGAAGGGGUCGUAACAGUUGUUCCAUCCACGAGUACGGACAUUUCACUGUUACCACUGCACCAUGGGGACUAUUCUGCACCACUCGGGGGUAGCCUGGUGCUACCCUGCCCAGUGAUUGGCUGGCCAAGACAGCAUGUUAUAUGGAAGUUAACCCCCCCACUUGUCGGGGCUCGAACCAGCGAGCUGGAGAGCAGUGAGGAGGUACUGCGUCUGAGCAACCUCGGGGCUGACCAAGUCGGACUCUAUACUUGCUCUGUAGAGGGACGCUCAGACCUUGUCAAGACGUACAACGUGACAUACACAAUACCUGUGAACAUAACGCAUCCACCAAUAUCUAAAGAAGUGAAGCGCGCGGGGACAGUCCGACUCAAUUGUACCGCCACGGGUUCUCCCAAACCCAAAAUCUAUUGGUACAAGGAUGGUGAACCACUAGUGUUGGCUAGCAGAUUCAAUCUACGUACAUCUGCAGAUCACUCGCUCAUUCAGUUGGUCAUCAGUGGGAUUACUUCUAAUGAUGCUGGUGUGUACCAAUGCUUCGCGUCCAAUGGUAUCUCGAUGGCCUCUCAAUGGGCCGAGUUGACAGUGACGGGGCCGGCAGUCGCGGCCCCCGUGGCCCUAAAGUGUGCCCCCACGGGCCCCACUUCUGUCUCCCUCAGCUGGGGCACCCUGGAUAAGGUUACGGGAUACUAUAUUGUACAUUGGGAACCCAUAGACAUGUCAGAAGAAUCCAAAACCGGUCAGCCCCUGACAACCUCCGAGAUGACGGUCCCCGUAAGAGGACUCACCCAGUACCGGUUCCAGGUUCGACUCUUCUCGAUCGCAGUCAACAAUUAUAUGCCCAGCGACAUGUCUGAGGACGUCGUUUGUCAGGGACAGGGCGUUCCGGUGAGACUGCAGAAGCUCCAAGACGGCCAAGUGGGAGUUUCCUGGCGUCACUUUGCUGAGAGGAAUCCCGGAGUGGUGCAGUGGAUCCUGCAGUAUUCCCCCAACCACACCUUGCCUGAUACCAUUCAGAAUGUCACCCUCGAUGGGAGCGUGAACAACUAUACGCUAAACGUUGCAUCCUCCUCACUGUAUAUACGCGUGCUGGGGUCCCGAAACUGGGACUGGCUGCCACAGAACCUGUCCCUGGUGCCGUGGACGUCCACCGAUCAGGCGGGGAAGGACUUCGACGUCUGGCGGAUCGCCGUCCCCUACGGUUUGCGAGUCGUGGAAGUGAUGGAGAGCAACUUGACUGUUUCAUGGCAAUGCGAGGGUGCCGAACGGUAUACGUUCCUUGUUUGUGUGCGUAAGUUGGAGGCCACUGAGGAUUGUCAGGAGAGUUUAAAAACAAAUGCGACAGUGGAGAACUUAGAGCCGGGCAGCGAGUAUGAGGUGCGAGUUCAAGCGCGAGUUCCGGGACGCGCACGCGCAAGUGCCUUCAGCGAACCGUACCAUGUCGUCACUGCUAGUCAGGGUUCGAAACUAUUCAGGAACUUAACGUACGCGUUCGUUAACUCGAGCGCAGUGCGUAUAACGUGGAGUGGCGACGCACGCAACUACACAGUACGGUAUUCCGCGAGACUCAAGGAACCGAUCGAGCAAUGGCCGUUCGUUUUUACGAAUGUUAAUUCUGCUAUUAUAAGCGGUAUAGAGCCAACAGAAUCGACGUUUGUAAUCGUGUCGGGAUAUCAACCCCUGGCCCACAGUCCAGUGCUGAAUGUUCCUCCGCAGAUGAAGGAUAUGCAAGCAAAAGACCUGGAGUACUCGUACAGCGGAAGCGAUGUUCGCGUCUGGUGGCCGAAGGGGGCGAGUCGAGAAGUUCGAGUCUCGCAAAACGUCACGCAGCCCAUCGAAACCUGGAAGCUGUAUAGGGUCACAGACACUAGCAUCGAGCUCCGUGACUUAACUCCUUCGCUGCCAGUUCACGUGUUGGUGUCGGUGGGAGGUCGCAAUCAGAUGCUGAAUAUUCCCGCCAGACCCGCUAAUGAAAGCUUCGGUCAACAGCUGGGCAUCGGUUUGGGCGUUGGUUUUUGCCUGCUUUGCGUGUUUUGCGUGUUGAUCGUCAUUUUUGUUUGCGUCUGGAGGAAAAAGAAAAUUGCUAGGAACAGAACACCCAACCGGAGUCGAGUCCAAACGACGCAAGGUGUGACCGAAGAAGCCGAAAUGAGGGCGGUGGGCGCGAGUGGGCCGAGGGGCAACGGGAGGGAGCCGCUUCUCAACGGACACGUGCAUAUUAUUGACAAUCCUGCCUCGAAAACUCCAAACGGGAAAGUGAAGAAAGCCCGCCGGUACGACGCAUUCGACACGUUCGACCUGUCUCGCGAACCCGAGCGAACGGCCGAAUGUUCCUUCGGCGGUCUGCUGGACACCUCCCGCCCCCCGCCCGACCUGAUCCCCUCUCGCUCCAACGGCUCCUUCAAACUCCCCGACGACAACAUGAACUCCGAAUUGACCCACGGCACGUUCCAACUGGACAACAGCAAAAUUCAACCCACCCUUCAGCCCAACGGUUGAGAUCGCGCGACGCCCUCUGUUCAGAAUCACACAGGGGUAGGCGGCCCCCGAACCGGUUCCGGUUUUAACGAUAGGAGUUUUGUACUUUAUUUCGAGGCUCAGGCUGAGUUUUGUUCCUAUUCCGACCGACGCACGCGCGUAUACGUCCGGCGCGUACGCGUCCGAGGGCCUCCGCGUCACACGAACGUACAAAAUACAGACCAAAAUAACCAAACACACACAUGUACAUAUUUAUUUUCCUUAAGCCUAAGAAGCUACAGUUACCCCCUUACAUUCCACGUAUGUUUAACGCACACCCGUUUAUCGAACACAAAUUCAAUUAGAUAGAGUAAUAAAUUGCAACGAAACACAGCUAUUAUAUGAGAAAUAGUUUAAUAAAUUGUUGAAUAUUGACGUCCGGAGGGCGGGGUCGAGAUUAUUCACGUUUACGUCUUAAAAGCGUUAAAAUGUCGGCCCCACCCUCUCGCUCGUGAAACUCCUUACCGUUCGUUAUUUAUUCCAUAUCACAAUGAUGAUCUACCUCAUUUACUUGGUUAUAAGGUAUUUGUUAAGUUGGCCCAACGAUAUUCGGCAACAUUAUUUAUUUCAUAGUUUUAAGUCCACACAGGAAUUUCCUUUAACCCUUCGGUACAAGUUUAGCACCUCGGUACAAAUGUGUACGUUUGCAGCCUAUUUUAUUAUUUAUUCUACUAGAUAACAAAUAGACCAUCUUCUGUACUGCAAAUUCCAAUAGACGCCGAUGCUGUCAAAAUGAACAGUUAUAAUGAUUCGGGACAGGGUAAAUUAGCGCUAAGUACGACUCGCAUGUGUCAAAUUCAAUAGGCGUUUGACAUACGAGUUAUACUUUGAGUGUGAGGGAUAGCGGAUAUGGGAGCGUUCAAGUAAUCCGUCACGCAAUUUUUGGAGAUUAUUGAAACCCCCCCCCCCCAUGUAACGCGCCGUAACGUUUUUCUUUACCCAAUAGUAAAACGUUUCGUGACCACCCAGUGACUCUUUAUACCUAACAGUUACCAUUAUGUGGUGUAAAGUACUGGAAAUUCGAAAACAAUAUCAACAAUAUCGCGUAAUUCAAUCCCCACAUCGUAACGUUUUACAAAAGGACACCCCCCCCCAUUUGUUACGUAAUACUUGAACGCUCUUUAUAGCAAUUAUGUUUUUUUAAAGGGUUGCAAACGCCAAUCGAAGUUUGUGUUAUAAACAGCUUUCGUUAACAAGCAAUAAAUUAUGCUCAUUGGAAACUAAGUGUCGAAUUAAAAUGUCUCUUUAUAACACAGAUGUUUGUAAAUAUAAACUCAGUUUAAAUUUAAUCGCCGACUAUGUACCUGAUACUUCAAUUACAGUUAGUUUUAGAUUUAGUGUGAGCUCUUUAGGCUAGAAUUAUAACGUCGCUAGGUUUACACAGGGUCUAAGACAUCUAGGGCGCGUUGGUUUUUUGAAGGAAUUUUGCUGUUGUUUUGUUGCUUCUUUUUCCCCCUCGUAUCGGUGCGUUACGACACGCGAACACGAAUUGUCGAAGUGUGAAAAUCGUAUGAGAUUUCUCGAUACGAUUUCUUCGAUAGUUUUUGCGAGAUUUGUAAAAACAGUUCAAAGUAUGUACGCAUUUUGUAUUAUAGCUACGUUAGGUUUUAAAGUUUCUUUGAUGCUAUUUUGUAUACAAGUUCACUCUAGGUUGUGUAUACUUCGUAUUAUUUAUUUUAUUUACCAAAUUGUUGUCUCCCAAUGCAAUAAACCUGAAUUAUGUACAACUGUAGUUAAAUUAUUAGCGUACGGCGAGCGACGAGGAUCGCGCGCGUCGCCGACCGUACUCGGUCCAUUUUUAGUUGCCGUAGUGGAUCGUUCUAAGUUCUUCCUUGUACAGAUUUUUUAUUCUCAAUUUACAAGAAUGGCUUUUCCGUCCUUGGAAAUGAUUUCAAAUAAAAGCCUGAUGUAUGUGCCUCGAUACGUUUAAUCGUUUUGCAAUAAUUUAGUUCAAGGCUCGAAUAAGUCGACAGAUGGCGCUGUAACAAAAGUAUAAAUGUCACCGACAAUGCAACAAAGCCGAGAUUCAGAGACUUAAGAGGGUUUUUUGACUCAUCUUCUUUGCAUCUCACAAACCACCUCCCACCCGCUUGUAAAUAUCUAUGUCACAAGAGAUUGUAGGUUACAAAACAUUUUUGCAUCAUAGAAAGCUAUCUGCGUUUUUUUCCUUUCUGUAAAUAGGAAAGAUAGCUUUGGAUUAUAAUUGAUUAUUUUGAGCAAAAUUCUAUCAACAGUAAAAAUACUCUACUACUCUCUGAAUCUCAAACUACCAGCUGUACUCUGAGUCGUCGAUUAAGGACUAAUAAUUUAAAUGACAUAUUAAUAUGAUGGUAGACCUCCGAGUUCAAAUAAAAGAAUUGGCACCGCCCUGAAUUAGCCGUUAAAUUUCCAUCUCCUUUUUUGUAAAUUAAUCUACAAUUAAUUAUUUAUUAAGAACUUUGAGUACUGGCUAAUAGUCUCUUAAGACUUAUGUAAAAAAUUACAAUAAGAAACUUAUAAUUUUAUAAUAUAAUUCAGCGCCACCUUGCGGUCACAUUACACGGGUAAUUCAUUCCACUUUACAAUAGCUAUUUUUGUUACUGCACAUUCCAUAUUGGCUGCAAUAGUUGUCUCCUUACAGAUUUUUUAUAUUAAGUAUUAAUUAAUGUUACAUAGCAACACUGAUGGUAGUGUUUAUGCGUUUUUACCGCAGAGGAUAUAUUAAAUAAUUUCUUGAUAUGAAUCAAUUAUUGAUCGAUUUUUAUAUUUCUUCGAAUGCAAAACUUGUAAUUUUUGUACCAUUAUAUUUUUUUCAAUUAAAACAACUAUUAUAUAAAUAUAACAAACAGUGUUUAAAAAAUAUUUAAACCGCACAGCGUGAAAUAUUGCCUCGUGGUAAAAACGCCUGAGCAUGCCUUACAAGUAGUAUAGGAUAUUGUUAUUAUAGUAUAACCAAGUGUGGGAGUAAUUGUACAAUCGAGGGAUAUAUCAAUUUCAUAAUUAACUAAUAUAUUACCGUUUUCUCAAACAGUUGCAGAUUUUUUAUCAGAAUCCGAUAUAGUUAGCGGAAUAGUGUUGCUAUUUUCGAUAAUAAACGGCCGAUUUUAUUGUGUUGUUAUGCUUUCAAGCGUUUGAACCAUGGAUAUAACAUUUUUUUUAUCGUCAAUUUGUCAUAAAAAUGUUAUGUCUAUUUUAUCUGAGUUUCCUUUGGCUUCGGUGUUGCCAGUUUGGUAUGUACUUAUUAAACGCGUCCAAUGAUGCCGGAUUGUUCAGGGCUUAUAUUUAUUUGUAGUUGUGUUAUUAUUUGGUACGCUAAAGCUUUGGCGUGGAUUGAAGGAUUCAUUCUUGAUUAUAAUUUACAAAAUUACUGCUAAACAGACCGACCAAAAGUGAUGCGCAUUUGGGACAAGACUAGGACUUGAUAAUCUUACCAAUUGAUAUUUGCUAGUAAAUUAUGACAAUAAGUUUUCAUACAAAGAAAUGGGGUGUUAUUGCUAUAUUUACUUAAAAUAUGCAAAAUAGCAAUCGGAGGCGACAUCAAAAAUAUUAAUGAUCAAAUAUAAAUGGAAUGAAUCGUUCACCACAAGUGUUAGGACGGAGAUGUUGUUGUAUACAUAAUUAUUAAUAAGGGCAAAACCCAUGUUUAAUGUACUGUGGAUUUAAACAUUUUGAUUUUCUAAAAAAUUUAAGUCGCUAGAGUAUUACGUUUAAAAAUUUUAUAUUCGACAUUGAUUUUGAUUUAAAGUUGGAUGGUAAUCAAAAUGUUUAAUAUGCAUUUUAAUAUUUUAUACGUUUAAGGUAUUUCAAAUCGUGAUGUGGGAACAUGAACUGCUCCAUCCUGGACCAAAUACUAUGAAAUUGUUACAAAGUGUUUAAGAAGAGUUAAGUAGAUUGGGGCCUAUUUUGCUGGAGACAAACGACACGCCCUCGUCAGAUCCUUAUAGAAUAAACAGGACGGUCUGUGUUCAUCAAAAUAGGUACCAACGAAAAGGACAAUAUGAAAUGUUCGAGAAAUAGAUUUGGAACUCUAAAACAAAAUAAUUGUUAAGGAAAUUUAAUUCGAGUUUUGUUUGGAAAAAAUUAAUACACGUUAACAAGAUACAUGGAUUUAAUCUUUUCAAUAUAAUCGUGUUCCCACAAAAGAAAAUUAGUUUUUAAAUAAUUGAAUCUACCUCAACCAAAUUACCAAUUAACGUUGUUUGUAAGUGUUUCUAUUGGGUAUAAUAACUAAUAUUAACUGAAUUGUAGUGUUUUAUAAUAAAAUGACUUUGUUCGAUAACCCAUUUUGAUACGGCGACUUUUGUUGCCGACAUUUUGAAUGUGUCUCACGAGAUGUUGCUACGAUAUUGUCAUGAUUGAACGAUUAAAAAUUGAAAAUUAAAA